AGAGUUCUAGAUAGGGGUUUUCAUUUAGGCCUUGCAACAUGGCUGUCACAUGAACUUGGUUGGUCUGUUUCCCUAACCUCUUUGUGCCUCAGUUGUCUUACCUACUAAAUAGGCUAAUAGUACUACCUCGCAGCAUGAAGAUGAUUUUAAUAAGAUGAAUGAGAGUAACGACUUGACAAACUAUGGUGAAUGUUUUUACUGAUGCUAUUAUUACAUUUUCAGUUUUCCAAAAAUUUUAAGCUCCCAUCAGUUACAAACGGAAAGUAAAAUAGCUAAAAAGGGAGUGAGAAAGAGAUUCAAGAAAUUGGGCUUUUGAGUUGGGCUGCACCCACUCUGGGACUCCGCGGGGGGCCUUGAGGGUGGAAAAGCCCCCGUGACCACACUGGGGCGCAGGCGCCCAGGCCGGGCGAGACGUUCCCGGAGGUGUCCAGCAGAGGACGCUGCCGGCGGAGACAGGACCGGAAGCCGGGCCGGAGGCGGCCGGGCGUAUUCGCCGACUCCUCCCGCUUCCGCUGCCGCAGCCGGUCGGAACCAAGCUGUCUGCUGUCAGCCGCUGUCCCCGUCGCCGCGAUGCCGCUGGAGAACCUGGAGGAGGAGGGUCUGCCCAAGAACCCCGACUUGCGCAUCGCGCAGCUGCGCUUCCUGCUUAGCCUGCCCGAGCACCGCGGAGACGCUGCCGUACGCGACGAGCUGAUGGCGGCCGUCCGCGAUAACAACAUGGCUCCUUACUAUGAAGCCUUGUGCAAAUCCCUCGACUGGCAGAUAGACGUGGACCUACUCAAUAAAAUGAAGAAGGCAAAUGAAGACGAGUUGAAGCGUUUGGAUGAGGAGCUGGAAGAUGCAGAGAAGAAUCUAGGAGAGAGCGAAAUUCGCGAUGCAAUGAUGGCAAAGGCCGAGUACCUCUGCCGGAUAGGUGACAAAGAGGGAGCUCUGACAGCCUUUCGCAAGACAUAUGACAAAACUGUGGCCCUGGGUCACCGAUUGGAUAUUGUAUUCUAUCUCCUUAGGAUUGGCUUAUUUUAUAUGGAUAAUGAUCUCAUCACACGAAACACAGAAAAGGCCAAAAGCUUAAUAGAAGAAGGAGGAGACUGGGACAGGAGAAACCGCCUAAAAGUGUAUCAGGGUCUUUAUUGUGUGGCUAUUCGUGAUUUCAAACAGGCAGCUGAACUCUUCCUUGACACUGUUUCAACUUUUACAUCCUAUGAACUCAUGGAUUAUAAAACAUUUGUGACUUAUACUGUCUAUGUCAGUAUGAUUGCCUUAGAAAGACCAGAUCUCAGGGAAAAGGUCAUUAAAGGAGCAGAGAUUCUUGAAGUGUUGCACAGUCUUCCAGCAGUUCGGCAGUAUCUGUUUUCACUCUAUGAAUGCCGUUACUCUGUUUUCUUCCAAUCAUUAGCGGUUGUGGAACAGGAAAUGAAAAAGGACUGGCUUUUUGCCCCUCAUUAUCGAUACUAUGUAAGAGAAAUGAGAAUUCAUGCAUACAGUCAGCUGCUGGAAUCAUAUAGGUCAUUAACCCUUGGCUACAUGGCAGAAGCAUUUGGUGUUGGUGUGGAAUUCAUUGAUCAGGAACUGUCCAGGUUUAUUGCUGCUGGGAGACUACACUGCAAAAUAGAUAAAGUGAAUGAAAUAGUAGAAACCAACAGACCUGAUAGCAAGAACUGGCAGUACCAAGAAACUAUCAAGAAAGGAGAUCUGCUACUAAACAGAGUUCAAAAACUUUCCAGAGUAAUUAAUAUGUAAAGCCAUGUAACUAACAAGGAUAUGCUUUAGAGAUAAUUAUUUGGAAUUUUUAUAGCUUACUUCACAAUGUGCCCAGGUCAACUGUAUAAAAUAAAUACUGCAUUGUUGUUUCUUUC